GGCGGGAAGUUUACACGAUGAAUGUAUCGCUCCAAAAGUUUUUAUUCUCUGAACUUAAAAUUUGGUCCCUUUAAGCUUCAGAUGGAAAGGAACCGGAGUGUAGCUUGGAUAAUUUCUAAUGGAGUCAUAUUCUCUGCUGGAAAAGCUAAAAGAGACCAUAAAAAGAGAUUUUCAAGAUCUCAGUGACAGAUGUACAGAGUCUGAUAAAAGGGUUCAGUGCUUGGAGAAAGAAAAUACUCAGAUAAAGGAGCAACUCAAACAACUUCAAGAUGAAAAUAAUCAUCUUAAAGAAACCUUGGCAAAGGUUGAAAAGGAACUGGCAUACAAGGAUGAAAAGCUAAAGAGGAAAUAUGAUGAACUGCACAGGAAAGAACAAUGGUGGGACCAAUUUCGAGAUGAAACUCAGCGGAGGUUUAAAGCAAUGAAAUCAUAUGGAACAUUCCCUCCACACAUCCUUGAAAAAUAUGUAAAUAAGGAUAUUUUCCAGGAGUUGAUGAAUAAUAAUUCUACUAGCUCUUCCUUAUACAAAGAAGAUUGCCUCGUGAUCAACAAGAGGAAUGGCAAACUUUCCACCCUUAAAAGCAGGAAGAAGGUUAGAUACAACAAAGUGUCAGCCUCGCAGUCGACUGCUGCAGAGGAAGUGAAAACAAAUUCUCAAGACAAAGACGAAACACACAUCAGUGAAACUGAAGAAAAGGAAAAACUGAUAACGGAUGAUGACGAGGUUUAUCCUGAUACCAAUGAAAGCACAAAACUUUACCAUCAUUCUCCACCUGAUCAAAGGCAAGGAGGCAAUAUUUCUGCUCAUCCCGAGGUUCUUGUUCAAGACACUGAGGAUGUGUACACAGAAGAAGUUGGUGAUGGCUUCGGUUGCUUUAUAGGGGCACCUUCUGCAGCAAGUACUCCUCUUGCUGCCGCAAGUUCACUUCGUUUUGAUUAUGAUAAUGUUGACGAUGGUGAUGGUAAUGAUGAUGAUGAUGAUGUGAGUGUCGGUAUUCUAGAUAAUCCAAAACAAUAUCCGAAGGAUGAAACUAUGGAUAUUUUAACUAAUGUUAAGUCGCAGCUAGCAAAUUUGCCUAAAUCAGAUUCACAAUUUCCAGUUGACUUGUCGUACACACAGCCAGAAUCUCCAACGAUUCCAAGCCGUACGCGUUCUCUGCAACAAGACAUGAACCUGACUGCUGAUUGCUCAGUGUCGCUUUUGCCUCAUGGACUCAAGGCCGAAGAGAAAUCUGAGAAACAAGAAUGCAAACCCAAUUUUGAUUCUAAAUUGGUUGAAGACAAUGUUAAAACAGAAAUCGAGAAUGAACAAAUGGAAAAACAACCUACACCAAUGAAAGCUGGAAGCACUUGCAAAAGCAAAUCAACCAAACAGACAACUUUGGACACAAACUUUUUCAGCACGAAAGGGGCUUUGAGCAAAAAUGAUUUUACCUCUGGGAAGAGAAAGAGGGACACUUCAGGGGAAUUUGAUGAUCAAAAGUCCCGUGGAAAAAAUGAAGAUUUUAGGGGGGAAAAAUUUAAGACUUUGUUCAAAGUACCUACGGCACCACCGCCAAAAACACCCGAAGUGAUUCUACUGGAGGAAUUUCCUUCACGCAGAGCUGAUAAGAAGUCUUUUACCACUCCGUUGGGCAGCAGUGGAGAUAUCACAGGGCUGUACACGAGUGGUAUGGACCUGUUUGGUAAUAUGGAUGAACACUGCUCAUCAGAUGUGCAACAGGACAGUGAAAAAGAAGGUCUUUGCUUGGAGAACGACGGAAAAGAAAAUUUUACAGGCAAAAAUGAGAAAUAUAUCAGUAAGGCUUCGCAAGAAAACAGGCCGAAAGAUACGAAUGAGUGUUCAAAAAUGGGAGUCAGGAAUAAUGACGCUGAACCAAAUUAUAAAUACGUAGAAGUUGUCCGGAAGAAAGAUGAAAGAGCCAAGCUGAACGGCUAUAAAUGUCGUGACUGCCAAGAGUAUUACCAGGGCCUUGAUCUUCCCGAAGAUGAGCUGAAAAAACGUUUGAAGCACUGUUCUCGUCACCGAGCGAAGUUUUCACCACCACCGUCCACUCCGCCAGGCUUUUGGAAUUUAAGCUUUCCGGAUACCCAAGAGUAUAUGGCUAAGGGCUAUUUAAAGACUGAGUCGGAAGCACCGGCUCCGAAGAGACUUCGGAAAACACGACGGAAUAGGAUCGCAAAGUGAAGUGUCUUUUCGAAGAUUAACGAUGAAUUGCGAAGUUGACAUGAAGAUGUCACGAUCGCUGAUUUCUCGGGUUAUCCGUGUGGUAACGAAGAAAACUGAUUGGUGGAAGAUGAUACGAGGCAUAAUACAAAUAUAGAACUGUAUUGUGAACAA